AUGGAUUUCAUCAAGACCAGUUCCCUGCGUGCUCUGAUUGAGUUAACUUUCCAACGCAACUGGAAUGGCCUCAUUUGGAUGAGUAGAAAAGGAGUUAUAACCAAAAGAGUGAAGACUGUCCAGACGGCUCUAUCGAGAAACAGCGCCCAACCGCGCAGUCCGGCUGGCCGAGGAACGAUGUUCCGCGCUCGGCCAAAGUCGUCCGUCCGUCUGAAGUCUCGGCCAAAGUCCAAAACCACUCGGCCGAUCACGCAUCACGACCCGGGAAACUCAAGCCCGCGGUCGGCCACGCCACAACCGCCACGCCACCCGCGCACGACCAAAGCGCGCGAGCCGGGAAAAGCCUCGCGGCCGCGCAACCGCUUCCGUACCACGCCGAACGCUCCGUCCGACCGGGAGUAA